GAAACGAACGUACCCAACCAAAAUGGCUGUGAACGUGCAUUCGACUAAUGUAUCAUCGCAGAAUUGGUCGCGCCACGAGAUGUUGUCCUGGGUCAACACUCAAUUGAAGGCUGAAUUCACUAAGAUCGAAGAACUAUGCACAGGCGCUGCCUAUUGCCAAUUCAUGGACAUGCUGUUCCCGAAUUCGGUUGCUCUUAAGCGCAUCAAGUUUCGUGCCAAUCAGGAGCAUGAAUUCGUGCACAAUUUCAAGCUGCUGCAAGCCAGCUUCCAGAAGAAGUCUGUCCAUAAGGAAAUUCCGAUUGAGCGUUUGAUCAAGGGACGCUUUCAGGAUAACUUUGAGUUCUUGCAAUGGUUCCGCAAGUUCUUCAAUGCCAACAAUAAGGGAAAGGCAUACAAUGCCCUUGCCGCACGCGAUGGCAUGUCGAUGGGCUUCGGUCCGAGCACUGCUAGCUAUUCCAAGAAUUCAUCUCAUAGCGCACGCUCAGUGUAUAGCGCUCAUCAGGUGCGCACUCGCACUUUCGUUAGCGAUGCUCAUUUGACAUAUCGCAAGGAGAAGGGUUCUAUCGAUGUGCCGGAUAACAAUAUCGAUAUGCGUACCAUUCUUCAAGAGCUGGAACGUGUCGAACAGGAUCGCGAUAUGUAUGCAUCGAAAUUGCGCGAUGUCAAGGUCAUUUGCGAAGAAAAUCAAGAGACUAAUCCAGAGGUCGUUCACAAAAUACUUGGCAUUAUCAAUGAGGAUACUAGCAUUGAGACGUUCCCAUUUGAUGACAAAACUUUCAAUGCUGAAUUGUUCGAUCAACCCAACAAUGGCAGGCAGUGCUAAGCUGCCCCCACACAUACACAAUUACUCACGCACCCAGUCUUUAGUACAUACACUCGCAUAUGCAUUCACAUACUAGGGGGGUCAUCGGUCGCUAAUAGGUUCACACACUCAUACUUUGGGAACUGCUACAUAUACAGGGAACAUCUGAUACUAUUUUCAAUAAUUUGUUACCUUCUCUACAUAACCACUACAUAAAGAACAAUGCUUGCAAUGUUCGCGUUCAGUAGGUACUGUCUCAGUUGUUUGACAUUACUGCCCCCCAUAAUAAUUCCUAAACAUCGUUAAGAGCCAAUUUGAAAUGGCCAUAGGACAUCUAACUACUGAACGCGUUCAUUCGGCUAAUGA